AUGGCUAGGCUAGAAGUUGGACUUGGCGGUCAGACAGGCCAGACAAUAUGCGAUGAGGCCAACAAGCAGUAUGGCCAUAAUCCCACGCUUACACUAGACGACUUCAAAUACGAGUACUAUUGUUACAACCGCGGGUGGAGUCAUCUAAAGGAGACGAUCAAAAUGUUCCAAGAGCUUGUCCAGCUCGGUGCAUACGAGCGGUGUGCACCGAUGCCAGGUGCUCUAGAGGCACUGACGAAACUUCAGGAGAGCCAUAGAUUGAUGAUUGUCACUGCCAGAAGUGAGGCGGACAGAGAAGUGAUACAAGCUUGGUUGGAUACGCAUACGCCAGGUAUAUUCGAAAAAGUGUAUUUCACAUCAACUUUCACCAAUCCUGAAGAUCCCGCAUCACUUUCAAAGACGACCAAAGCCGAAGUCAUACAGAAGAUCGGAGCUCAUGUGUUCGUAGAUGACUCUCCUUCAAAUAUUGUCGGAGCGCUCAGAGCGAACUCAUCCCUGAUGGGGCUCCUAUUUGGUGAAUAUACAUGGAAUCAGGCGGUGUGGUCGACAAUGUCCGGCGGACCUCCGAAGGGAGAAACGGAUAGUGAAGACAUACCUUAUGUGGACUGGACCGAUGAUCAAAUCAGGGAUAACGAGGCAAGGAGACAGGAGAAAAUCGAAGCGGAUUGGUUACCCAAUAACGCGGUGAGGGUCAAGGACUGGACGGCGGUGUUGAGUUGGGUCGAAGAGUGGGAGAAAACGAGGAGCGCAUUGUGA